GUGGGGGAAUAGAAGCAUCGUCCUUAGCGGAAGGUAGGCUUGAAGAUAGAUGUAAAGUGCGGUUGAUGUGAGGACAUAGGAAAAGGUGAUUUAUUAAUUUCCACAAAAAGGGAGAUUUCUAUUUAUUGAUUUUCCUAUCUUUUUUUUUUUUAAUAAAAAACACAGCACUAUAAAUGGUAUAGGUAAUCGAUACCUCCACCUUUUACUCCUUCGAACAAAAUCGGCGUUUUUAGACUUGGCCGGCGUAGUCAACUACUUUGAUGAAAUAAUAAAAUGAAGAAUUCUAAAUGAUAGCGAUACAAUUCCGAAAAAAAAAAAAGGCAUCAAAUUGUCUAUACUUCCAUUCUUCAUUUUCCUAGGUGACAUGUUCCUUAAACAAAAAUCUUGCUGCCUUUUUUACUGUCCAGCUACAAGCAAGGCGAUGUGAUGCUGUCAGAAUAUUUGACACAUGUAGGUCGAGUUAACGUUUAUUUGGAUCCAAACACUACGCCGCAUCCAAAACGGGUUGGUGAUGUUCCGUGUUCGCUACCUCUGUCCCUGAGAAAGGACGAGCCUGUGGUUGCCAUCAAACGUGCUGAUACCCUACAAGUAGUAAUUGCUUGCUCUCCUCGUAUUCAAAAUUUUGAUAUCGUCGUUCCCUGGAAAGCCUUGGAUUUCGAUUCAAAACGCGAACAUGUCGUCCAGUGUAGCUACUGCACCGCUCAGCUCGCAACCUUUUCUUCCUGUCGAGACUUACCCUCUGCCAAUUGGCAAGAACUGAUGGAUUGCUGGGCCUGUCAUGUUGAUUUCCCUGCUGUUUUGGCCAAGAACGGUGGCAUGCCUGCCUUUUCUCCUACUGAGCACAUGUCCUAUUCUGGCACUUCUUUUCUUCUUUUCCAUCCAAAUUCAUUGGUAAAUUCCCAGUCUUAUCAAAGUGAUUCGCCUUUGUAUAAAUGUUCAUCCUGCCAAACAGCCCUUGGAAUCCAAGAUGAACAUGAUGUUUCUGAAAGUGUCCGUCUGGAUAAGUCUUGUAUUUUAAUCAAUGGCAGCCGCAUUCAUCCUUCUUAUGUCGUCACUUCUGAAUUAUUGACACUCCGCGAAUUAAACGCAAUCCAUAAAUUCUGUCUCACCGAUCAAAGUAAUACUCUUUAUGUUUGGUGCUUCACUCCAUAUCUUCCUGUCACUUUGUUUAACAGCCCAAAAUUAACUGCUUCUUUUCAACAAUCGCCUAUCAUUACGAUCAAAACAUUCUAUGCCUAUGAUGCCCCUGGGGACUUUGAUGCUCAAGAUUGGUUAGACAUAAAACUACUUCCAUCUGUUUUUAAGGAGAUUAAAGAUUUAUUAGAGCUUACAACUCAAUGUUUUCCUUCUUCUGCUCAAAAAUUCGGUUUUUGGUAUGUUGGUUUGCUUCCACGGUUAUGAUCUUGAAUAAAAUAGGCAAUGUUUUAUUAAUGGUUUGUUUUUGCACAAUGAAGAAAUGACUUUCGAACUUACAGAAAUGUAAUUCAUUAAGCAUCUCGUGAUAUCAUCAAUAAAAAAAUGAUAUUUUCCUUACCGGUUGAAUCAAAUAUCCUUUUUUUCAUCUUUUUGAUCAUCUCUUGAUUUAACAGCAGGCCGGCUAUAGACAUAUGUCGCACUAGAGCCAAAUACUAAACAAGCACCAAGCACAACAGCACCGCUUAAUCGAUUACCGAAUAGCAGUAUGCUUAAACAUAGACUUACAAACUUUCGAACGUUUAGAAUGAUCGUGACGGUUAAUGCAGAGCUUUGGGAACCAAGAGAAUUUACGCCUCGUACGCACACGUACUGUGCCAAUGUAUUAAGGCAAAGAUACCAAAACGCUGGAGGCAUACCAAAAAGUUCAAGAUUAGAAUUUUCGGAAUCUGUAAAUAAAAGCAUCCACUGUUUUCGAAUUGAACUCAAUAACGGUAG